GUUGUUCUCUAAUACCUCUAUAUAUUAGUCUAAUAGAAGCAUGAAUUUUAAGGGAAGUUCUUCUCAACUUUUUAUUGCAAUUAUCAAACAAACAUCCAUGGAUACAAGCGCGAUAAACAGCAGAAUUUCUCAUUUAACCUUCCUUUGCCCUCACAGAAAAUACAUGCACCAUAACAAGAUCAUGUCCUUUACUCCUUUUAUGUCACUAAAACCAUCAGCUCACAAGGUACUCGAGGUAACAAACGUGCCAAAGAUAACUUGCUACCACGAUACUUGGCUUGAUCUUAUGGCCAUUAACCAUCUCUCUCAAAACUUACAAGCUGUAGCAGGCAUUCAGAUAGAAGAGAAAGGUUAUGAUGGUUUGUUGGAAACCUGCAAAGAAGUGACUGUGAAGUUUGACUCAGUGCAACAACGACAACUCAGCUUGGAAGGUCUUGCUAGAUCCAUUCCUAAGGAAAUUUUUCCUUUGUUGAAGGCAUUGGUACCACAUUGUAAGUUUACAAGAGAACUCCUAGCCAAAUUCACUGGCUUGUUUUUUGCUUGGCUAGUUGGACCAUCUGAGUUGAAAGAAUCAGAGUUCAACGGAACAUCAGAGAAGAACGUGGUGCACGUAAAGAAAUGCAGGUUUUUAGAGAGCUCAAACUGUGUAGGAAUGUGCACAAACCUCUGCAAGUUUCCAACUCAAACAUUCAUCAAGGAUUCUCUAGGAAUGCCAAUCACCAUGGUCCCUAAUUUUGAAGAUAUGAGUUGUGAUAUGAUAUUUGGUGAGGAACCACCAACUCCUGAUGAAGAUCCAGCUACAAAGCAACCUUGCUAUAAACUAUGUAAAAUCAAUAAGAGGCAUACUACUGAAAGGUGCUCCUAAUAUGAUCCCAUGCUACCACCACGGCCGCGACACGUAUGAGCCCCGCAUGCUAUAUGAUGCUAAAGGCCCUCAAUUUGAUCCAAACAUGAAAUCUCCACGAACACUUGCUCAGUUGUGCAUUAUG